AUACUGGAGCUGAAGAGAAUCAAGCAGAGGAGGAGAGGAGAGAGGGAUCCCGAAAAAAGAGGAUUAAGGAUUUGGAUUUUGGGGAGGGUGGGGUUGGAAGCGGGGCACACUUCAACUGUGGGUUUAUGAUGUCAACAGAACGGAGGGAACUCUGUCUGAUUCUAUUUCCCACUUUCUAUUCUCCCUCCAUCUCUAUUGGUCUGUCUUUCUCUCUACCCUCUCCUCUCUCUCCUGCUCCCUCUGUGCUUCCCCUCUGCUCUCUCUUUGUCUGCUCUCUCUCGCUCUUUCUCAUUCUUGGCGGCUAUCUCUCCUCUCCUCUCAUUCCUCCUGCUGCUGUUGCUGUGUCAGAGAGAGGAGACAGAGAGGAUGCUUUAGAGGAGCAGGUAGUUUUCCUUCCUCCGGAUCACACCUCUCCACUGUUGUCCUCACGGUUUGGGGUCUCAAUCUGUUCCUCUCUGCCUGACUACUGUUGCUCCGAGGAGGGGCUUGGUUGAAGGAGGGAGGGAUGGGCUGGAGGGGAUGGAGACCGGCUCGGCUUGUGUCAGCGUUCGGCUGAACAUUUUCUCCUCCGGCAGCAGUCAGAGCAGAGUCUGCUACGUCAGAGUGAUGCUGCUCACCUUGGCGGAUGAACACUCUCACUCUCACACAAAGACACCUGGAUAUUGUGGGUUGUAAUCCCCGAACGUUCCUCCUCUCAUCCAGACCAGAGGAUUAUAAACACACACGCGUGUGAAGAGAGCUCAAUCUCAAUUAUUGUGGUUGGCCCACACUCCAUUUGGGUAGGAUCCCAGCAGUGAUGUUUUGCUGAGCAAGUGCCACAGGUAAUCUGCAACCCAGAGUUGGGCAUCGAGAGAAAGAGAGAGAGUAAGAGAGAUACAGAGGCACUACUUCUAGACAUGAAGAAAAUCUGGUCCAAGAAGAGAUUCCAGAGGACCGGACACUCCACCAAGACGUUUGGAAGGUUCACCCAUGUUUUCCGCUCCUGCCGAAAGCAAAGCUAUGACUCUGAAACCACAGAGGAUGAAGCCACGGAGCCCCAGGUCCCAAUUGAAACCAAGGAAGGACCUGGCGGACGGCACCAGGACAAGGCUGGCCGUAGAGUGCCUGCAGGUGAAGGAUGUAGGAUGAUGGACUCCAGCCCUGACCGGAGGGCCACCCUUCCUGGGGGCCAUGAUCCAGUGGUGGAGAGGGAGCUCAUGGCUUUGGGCUCGCGGCCCCCAGGGGCCCAGGACCCAACACACCCCGGCAGGAUCCCAUCUCCUUCUCUCCCCCAAACCCAAACAGGCCCAUCCUUCAGUCCUGCCUCACCCCAGUCCAGUCAAACUGUAUCCCAACCCACAACAUCUCUCAGCUCCCAUAAGAACAGUGUCAUCACACACAGUACCCAAGACCCUUCCCUAGGAGGAGCUGUGGUCAAAAACAAAAAACUCCCAGGGAUGUUUUCAGGAGCCUCCUCCCAUACUUCAAGCAGCGGCAGCAGUGGUGGCAAGACACCCAAACUGGUCCGCGCCGCACCCAAGAUCUUUGACAAGAUCAAGGAGUUUGAACAAAAGGUGAGUGAGGUGAGUGCGGGGGUCAGAUCUGGGCGCUCUUUCGGCCGGGCAGCAUCCUGCGAUCUGGAGGGGGUCUCCAAAGAGGAGGGGACAAGCCAGCCGGAUGCCGCGGCCUCGAGGCGCUCCACAUUCGGAAAGAAGAGGGCCUCGUCUCUGGAGGACAAACCAAGCUACCAGCAGAGGGUCCAGAGCUUCCAGAACAAGUUCACAGAGGAGCUGGCCAGGAUCAAGAAGCUGGUGGGGAGGCCCAACCUGAAAAAGGCCUACUCCACCGAGCAGUUGCCCCAGAUGGAGAGACAGUCCGUGGGCGAGCUGGAGCCCAUUCCCCCUCAGGUGGUCAAGAAGCUGGAAGAGAGGGCGAAGGUCCUGGAGGAGAGAGGACUAUUAGGGAAGAGCAUUGAAGAGAGUGUUUCAACCCGAAAAUCAUCCCAAUCCCAUGAGAAGGGUCUGACAGAUCAAAGGAAUGUUCCUCAACGGGAGCAGCAUGAUUCAGUUUCAGCGUCAGCUCAGCCGUCUGAGUCUAAAAGUGUGGGGAAAGGCUCUGUUUCCAUGGAGACAGUACUGGUUAACCAGUUACCAGGACAACGAUCACCCUCAUCAAGAGUCACGCGGAAAAGCCCAACCAGGGAAGGCCUUCGGAGCUCUCCCACAGUGGUGAAGCCUCCACACACGGCCGAGGAACAACCACCUGUAUCUCCAACACCCAAAAGGCCUUUGGCUGAUAAAGAGCUGGAGCAGCCUCCACCCAGGAUGGACCACCCCGGGUCUCCAACUCCUACCACACAAAGAGCACCGCCUACCUACCCCAAAGGGCCUUCCUCUCCUAAAGAGCUUGAGAAACCUCUACACCACCGCAGGCCUCCAAGCCCCAGGUCUCCAAGCCCCACCAUGCAGAGAGGACCAUCACCGACCAAUGCCAAAGAGCCAGCCUCUGCCUAUCCCCCCAAGCCACCACGGCUGUCCCCCACCCCGAUCUCCACCCCUUCCAUCAGCCCUCUAACGAAGAGAAGGAAGGGAGAGCCAGGGAGGAUGUCUCCCUCGCUGAAGAUGACCAUUCCUACCAUCCUGGUGGAGGACGAGCUCAUGGAAAUGGAAGAGGAGGAGGCCGGAGAGAAGAGAGAGAGAGAAAAGACGAGAAGAGCAGGGAAGAAGGAGGGCAGGGCUUCCAAGACUCAGAAGAAGGGAAAAGUCUCGGGAAAGUCUUGGGAAAGUCAGCCUAUGUCUCCUGAGACAGGAGACAAUUCAGAUGACUCUUACAUGUCGGCAGAUGAGGGGCCAGCUGAGAAACCAGCUUUUGAGAGGCCCCUGGGGGACACCAUCGCCACCUCUGGCUCUGAGGUCCUGCUCAAAUGUGUCAUCACUGGCAGCCCCCUCCCAAUAGUGACUUGGAAGAAGAGUGACGUUCUGAUAAGGAGCAGCCCGUCCCAUGUGGUCAGGGCUGAGGGGGAGCAGCACUCCCUACUGAUAACCCAGAUGAGGUCUGGAGACGCUGGGACGUACUGCGUCACCGCUGACAACGCGGCAGGGAAAGCAUCCUGCAACGCCACGCUCUACAUCAAAUCAGAGCUGACCCAGGUGCAUGGUGGGAAGCCGAGCAGCUUGCCCCUGGUGGAGGUCACGAGUCCCCUCCAAUCAGACGAGGAGUACCUGAGCCCCCUGGAGGAGGUCAUGGAGAUUGGAGAACCACCCUCACGAGGGGUGGGGCCACAGUCUAAAUAUGCCUUCUUCAAAGAUCCUCCCUCCUUUCAGGCAGCACUGAAUGACCACGGGGUGACAGAGGGACAGGAGGUUACCAUGUCUGUCAAAGUCAGAGGACAGCCUAAACCUAUGGUGUACUGGUUGAGGGACAAAGUGACCCUAAAAACCAAUGGAAGAUUCAUUGUGCGUGAGACAGAGGACGGCCGCAGUGAAAUGAUCAUAACUUCAGCACAGAGAUCUGAUGCAGGACUCUACACCUGCAAGAUCAUCAACGAAUACGGAACCAAGCAGAGCGAAUGCAAACUAGAGGUCAAAGCCUCCCCGGCACAGGAAGCCCUGGCCAUCAUCAGAGAGGUGCGAGACGUGGCAGUGACGGCCGGAGAGUCGGCCAUGUUUGAGUGUCACAUGACCGGGCCUCUGGAUGUGGAGGUAGACUGGCUGUCCAAUGGGAAACUGGUUCAGCCGGCACUCCUCAACUGCAAGAUGACCUUUAACGGGAAGAGGUGCCGGCUGCUGUUAAACUCAGUACAUGAAGACGACAGUGGAACCUACACCUGCAAGCUGAGCACUGCCAAAGAGGAGUUGACCUCCAGUGCCCACCUAAAGGUCACUCCCACCAGGGAGCCCCUGUUCACCCGCAAUCUGGACAUCCUGGAGGUCAUAGAGGGUCGCACCGCCCGUUUUGAUUGCAAGGUCAGCGGGUCCCCACCUCCCAUCGUUACCUGGAACCAUUUCGAAAACCCGGUGGAGGAGAGUGAGAAUGUGCGUCUCCUGCAGGAAGGAGGCCGUUACUCAUUGGUCAUCACCCACGUCAGCAGCGACACGGAGGGCUUCUACACAGCCGUCGCUAAGAACGCACACGGAAAGGCGGAGUCCACAGCCGAACUCUACACGCAGGAACCGCGGCCCGCGAUCUCUUCUCACAUGGCGAAGCUGGAGAAGAUGCCUUCCAUCGCUGAGGAGCCGGAGGUUCUGGAGAGCGAGGUGGAGCAGGAGCAGAGGACCAUGCCUGACUUCGUCAAGCCCCUGGCUGACCUGGAGAUGAUCGAGGGGAAGGAGGCGGCGCUAAAGUGUAAGGUGGCGGGCCUGCCCUACCCCACCAUCGCCUGGUACCACAACGGCAAGAAGAUACACAGCACAGACGACAGGAAGAUGACCCAGCACAGGGAUGUCCACAGUCUGGUCAUCCGCUGUGUGUGUCACGGCCACGGGGGCGUCUACAAGAGUGUCAUCUCCAACAAAGUGGGGAAGGCAGCCUGCUAUGCACACCUCUACAUCACAGGUAUGGAUGGGGACCAUCCACCAGCAAUCACAGCAACAGAUAUUGUUCCUGAUCCCCCCGAUGGUCCUCCAGUGGUAGAGUCCAUAACAGGGAAGACCAUAACACUCAGCUGGAGGAAACCAAAGAGGCUUGACACUUCCAUAGAUGGCAGUUCUUUGAUGUAUGCAGUGCAGCAGCAGCCUCUGGGUUCCAUCCAGUGGAGCAUCAUAGCCACCAACCUGAGAGAGACCACCUACACAGUCACCGGUCUCUCCAAGGGAGUCCGCUAUGCCUUCAGGGUCCUAGCGGCCACCGCCAAGCUCCUCAGCAAACCCUCCCCCUCCACUGACCUGGUGCAGCUCAUGGAUAGAGGUCCCUAUCAGAGGAAAGCUCCCAUCAUCCUGGACAAGCCUGACGUUGUGUACGUGGUGGAGAACCAGUCCGUGAGCAUCACCCUCACCCUUAACCACGUCAAUACUGUGGUCACCUGGAAGAGGAGGGGAGUGGUUUUGCUCAACAAGCCAGGGAUGUUUGAGAUGAGCAUGCCAGACGACGACCAACACACCCUAAAGAUCCAGAGGGUGAAGAGCACUGACACUGGUCAGCUGGUCUGUACAGCCAACAACCAGUUUGGCAGCGACCUCUGUACCAUCCUACUGGCCAUGGCAGUGCGUCCUAAAUUUGAGUCCAUCAUGGAGGACUUGGAAAUACAUGUAGGAGAGACAUCUCGCUUUGCUGUGGUUGUCGAGGGACAACCCGAUCCUGAUAUUCUGUGGUACAAGGAUGACACUCUGCUGUCAGAGAGCAGUCACUUCACCUUUGUGUACGAUGAUACGGAGUGUUCCCUGGUGGUGCUGAACGCCCGGCCUGAGGACUCAGGGGUGUACACCUGCACCGCCAAGAACCUGGCUGGGCAAAUCUCCUGCAAGGCUGAACUCACCGUCCACAAAGUGAGGAAGGAGGUGGAGCCCAUGGAGGAUGAGGGGUCCAUUUUGAGGAAGAUGAGGAGGCUGACGGAUUACUACGAUGUACACAAGGAGAUAGGACGUGGGGCGUUCUCCUAUGUGAAGAGGGUGUCUGAGAAGAAGGGGAAGGUGGAGUACGCGGCCAAGUUUGUGUCUGCAAGGGCCAAGAGGAAGGCCUUGGCCCUGAGAGAGAUGAACCUUCUGUCAGAGCUGAACCACGAGAAAAUCCUCUCCUUCCAUGACGCCUUUGAGAAGAAGAACAUGGUUGUCAUCAUCACUGAGCUAUGCCAUGAGGAACUUCUGGACCGAAUGACCAAGAAGACUACUGUCAUGGAGUCCGAGAUCCGGUCCAGUAUUCAGCAGGUGCUUGAAGGGGUCAGCUACCUUCACCAGAAAGACAUUGCUCAUCUUGACAUCAAGCCUGAGAACAUCCUCAUGGCAGGCCGACACAGUGACAAGAUCCGCAUCUGUGACUUUGGCAAUGCCGUCAAGCUGGGGACCAAUGAAGCCCACUACUGCAAAUAUGGCACUCCGGAAUUUGUUGCCCCGGAGAUCGUUAACCAAACGCCGGUCUCCAAGGCAACAGACAUCUGGCCUAUUGGGGUUAUCACUUACCUAUGCCUGACUGGUGUGUCUCCUUUUGCUGGGGAGAACGACAGAUGCACCGUCCUCAACAUCAGGAACCAAAAUGUGGCUUUUGAGGAGAGUAUGUUUGCUGACCUCUGUAGAGAGGCCAAGGGAUUCGUCAUCAAACUGCUGGUGGCUGACAGACUGAGGCCUAACGCUACAGAGAGCCUUCGCCACCCGUGGUUCAAGACUUCAAUAAAAGACAAGAGCAUCAACACAGCGAUCCUAAAACAGGUCUUAUCUCGAAGACGUUGGCAGCGUUCCCUCAUCAGCUACAAAUCCAAGAUGGUGAUGCGCUCCAUCCCUGAGCUUCUCAACGACUCGUCCAACCACAUCUCUAUCGCUGUGGCCCGUCACCUCAAAGAGGGCUCGCCCCCACCCUCCUCAUCCUCUGAUUCAGACCAAGAUGUGGACGAACUCCCCUUCAUCCCCAUGCCUCUAUCUAUGGUCUUCUCCGGCUCCAGGGUCUCCCUCAACGAGAUACCAGGUGACGAGGACGUCACAGGACUGCCUUCCAGGGACAAUGGGACAGUGGAAGGGGCGUGGUUAACCCGGCACAGGGAACAGCCCAUAGAGGAGGUGGUGUCCAAAAAGGAGGUCAAGGAAUUAGGAAGAAGCAGAGGAACGAGAAAAAGGGUAACAACCGAGGAAGAUGGCGGGUCUUCGGAAGAGGAGAAGACUGCAGUGAAAACGAAGAGAGUCCCCAUGAAGAAGGGCUCAAGUGUGGAGGAGGAUGACACUCAGUUGAAGUCCCGGAGAGCGACAAUGAGGAGGGGCAGUUCAGCUGACUCGGCCCUGCUUCUACACAUUGAGCCAGAGGAGGGGGCCGUGGAGGAGGGCAAGGAAGACAACGGCAAAAAAAGCCUUAAAAAGGCCGUUUCCAUGGAGCUACCAAAUCGGAGCCCUAGCCCUGGGGCGGCUAAGAUGAGCCAGGAGGACUAUGCCCUCAAACUGGAGCUGAUGAGACAGAGGUUGCUGAGGGGAGGCAACAGCAAAAGUGGCCUGCGAGGUCCCCUGCUGGAGACCCUAGGAAUGGACGACGAGAGGCGAACCUCGUCCCUGGACCGAAACUUGAGGAGAUCCAGGGUGGGGGCGCCAGAGCGGUCGCUGGCCAGAGCAGCAUCUACCGAAAGUGCAGUGGAGGACACAUCCAAAUCCAAAAUGGUCCAGAAGAGUUCCUCUUUCAGUCAGGGAGACUCGGAGCCCAUUCCCCUACACCGGCAGUUUGGAGCCCCCUUAGAGAUCCCCACUAGCACAUCUAGCCACAGCACUGAGAGGAGAGAGAGUGCUGAAAGGACCCAGGGCAUUGAGAGGAACUCACAGGGGAAAGACCUCCAGGAGGCCACUUCCAUAUCAGCAAUUACGGAACAGACCAGGCUGGAUUCCAGACCUUACUCUCAUGGGCCCUCCUCCUCCAUACAGCCCACCUUAGCCAAAGAGGACCAACGAGCGAGGGAAAAGCCAGAGGAGAAGAUGAAGAGCAAGUCUGAGGAGACUUCUGAAAGAGAUGAAGAGAUGGAGAGAAGGACCAAAGCACAGGAGAGGGUUGAUAGACACGAGUCGAAGAGGGAGAUUUCCCAGGGCAGGUCUCCUACUGUGUUAGCUCCUGUGAUCGUCAUAGAGGAGGAGGAUACUGAGGAAGAUGAACAGAAAGAUAAGCAGGAGAUAGAGUUAAAGAAAGAAGAGGUGAAAGCAAAAGGUUGUGAUUCUCCAAGGGUUACGCCUACAGGAAAAACGUCUGCGUAUGCCAACGUGAUGCAAACUAUUGUAGUACCAUCUGGAAAACCUGACAGCAGCCAGAGAUCUCAAUCUACACCUAGCCCCACAUUUCCUGAACACCCUGCCGUCUUCGCUAAGGUGGCCACCGAACGCCCAACAAGCCCAACCAUCUCGACUAGCUCGUCUACGGUCCCAGUCCGCCCCACUACCUCACGCCAACCUACCACGCCCCUCAGAACAGAUAUCAAGGACAUCGACUCGGAGGAAGUCUUUGAAUCCAGGUUCAAGAAGCGUGAGUCAUCCCUUACCCGUGGGCUCCGGAGACUUACCAGGACCAAAUCAGAAGAGAAGUCCCCGACCCUUCCCCGUAAGACAGGCGAGGGUGAGGAGGUAUACCGGCCGGGGCGUCUUGGGGCUCCGCUGGAGAUGGUGCCCCAAGGAUUGCAGGAGAAGUCCAAGUCCGUCCAGGACUUGAGGGAGGUGGAGAGAGACACAGGCUCCCUGGGCAUCAUUGGACGGUUUUCCAUGCGCACCAAGAGGACCCCAUCCAUAGAUAAAAAGGAGGAGAAGUCAAAGGAGACUGAGCCUGCGGCCAGUAAGCGCAGGGUGUCCUGGGCCAUAGGCCGCAGUAAGAGUCUGGACACGACAGACCUGGACAAUAUAGAGGCUCGGAGAGAGCAGGAGGUGAGAGAACGCAAAAAGAUGGAGGAGUCGUCUGUCUUCGCCAUGCGGCGGAAGUUCGAGAACAAAGUAGCGGGUAUCUCAGCCAGUUUGAGGAGCAAGUCAGAGGAAAGGAAGGAGGAGAAAGAGGCCAAGCGACGCGUGGAGGAAGAGAAAAGUCGGAAAUAUGCAGAAGAAAAGGAUUUUAAGAAGGUCAGCGAUUCCCCCAUCUUGGCGAUGAGAAAGAAGUUUGAGAACAAGGUGGCAGGAAUUUCUGGGAAAGUCCGAAGCCAGUCAGAGGAUAGAAAAGAGACGGAGGAAGAGAAGCCAGAGGGAAAGAAAACUCCACUGUUUUCCCGUCAUCGACAUUCCCAGUCCGAGGGAAGAGGUCUCAAAGAGAUGGGGAUCCCAGAGAAUCAGCUAGCCAAACAGACAAACAAAGAAUCCAAAGUGUCCAAGGAAUCCAUUGGGUCUGCAUCAAGCCUUCAUUCCGAAAAGUCAAAAAGUCAAAAGUCGCUCACUCCAGAGACUGACAGGCGGUCGCGGUGGGACAGGUGGGGUCUGGGCAGGAGCAGGAAGGAUAAGACCCCCUCUCAGACUGACCUCCCCUCAGCCAAAGAUGAGGGGUCAUCAGGCAGCCUGCAGUACUCCCGCACUUCCUCUAACUUCCCUCCUGUGUUCCUCAUCAAGCUGAGGGACCACGUCUUACUGGAGGGUGACCCUGUCACUCUUAGCUGCCUCCCGGCUGGCAGCCCCCACCCACAAAUCAGCUGGACUAAAGAUAAGAGACCACUGGAGAUGGACGACAGGAUGAGUCUGAUCUCCUGUCCAGACGGCAGGCAGCUCGUUACGAUCAUGAAGACCAGCAGGAGGGACGCAGGGCUCUAUGAGUGUGUGGCCAGUAACCCCUUAGCCAGCGUCACCAGCUCCUGCACACUGUCCCUGGCCUGUGUCCCCAAAAGGCCAGGCACCCCGGAGGUUCCCCAGACGUACAACAACACAGCCCUGGUGCUAUGGAAACCAGCUGACACCAAGCCCCCCUGUAGCUACUCUCUGGAGAGGAAGACAGAAGGUGAUGCCAACUGGCUGAUCAUAGCGACUGGAGUGGCUGACUGUUACUACAACGUCACAGACCUGCCACCAGGGGGCGCCUUUAGGUUCAGAGUGGCCUGCGUCAACAAGGCAGGACAGGGACCCUACAGCAACACAUCGGACAAAGUCAGCCUGGACUCAACAGUAGGCGUGUCCUCUCCAGCAGUGGCCAUUGUGAAGACAAUCUCCUCACCUCCCUCCCACCCUGCCCCAGCAGCUACCACCUUAGUGACUGUUAUCCCAAAGGUCAAACCAGCAGUAAUGCAACCUCCUGGUAAAACGGUGUCCACUGUCUCUCCCUCUUCACCCUCCCUUACACAGACGUCUCUAACCUUCCCUGCUCCCACCGCAGCUCUCUCUCCCUCUACACCUUCGGCCCCCGCCAGCCCUGCCAUCACAACCCCUCCAACUGAACCCCUGACGGUCACCCCUACCACCCCUCCAACUCUCCCCUCCCCGCCUGUAGUCAAACCUCCUCCCUUCGUCCUCCCCAAACCCCAGAGUCCUGUCAACGUGGUCCCACCCAUGACCCAAACCCCGCCCAUCUCUCCCCCUCUCCCUCUCGUUACACCUCCUUCCACCCCCACCAAGCCCGUCAUGGCAUCCGUUCCUACCUACGCCACUGCCCGUAUGGCCCCCAGCCUCCUCCCGGCCCCCUCCUUCUCCCCCCAAGUGCUCCAGGUCAGCAGUCUGAGCCCAAUAGGGGAGGGGCAGGGCACCCCUGUUCGAGGGACCCCCAGGGACCGCACCACACUCAAGCCGGGUGAGACAGCUCUACGACAGGGAGUCCCACAGAAGCCCUACACCUUCCUGGAUGAGAAAGCCAGAGGGCGGUUCGGUGUGGUCCGGGAGUGUCGAGAGAACGCCACAGGACACGUCUUCAUGGCUAAGAUCAUUCCGUACGACCAGGAGACUAAGAAGUCCAUCCUGCAGGAGUAUGAGAUCCUCAAGUCUCUCCACAACGACAAGGUCAUGACCCUCCACGAGGCCUACGUCACCCCACGUUACCUGGUGCUGGUGGCUGAGUACUGCACUGGCAAGGAGCUGCUCCACAGCCUUAUAGACAGGUUCCGUUACUCGGAGGAUGACGUGGUGUGUUACCUGGUUCAGCUCCUUCAGGGUUUGGAGUACCUCCACAACAGACGCGUCCUCCAUCUAGACAUCAAGCCUGACAACGUCAUGGUCACCAACCUCAAUGUCAUCAAGAUCGUAGACUUUGGCAGCGCGCAGAACUUCAACCCUCUCUCCCUCAAACAAUACAACAGCGGCCUGGGCACACUGGAGUAUAUGUCUCCGGAGAUGGUGAAAGGUGAUGUGGUCGGCCCUCCAGCUGACAUCUGGAGCCUGGGGGUUCUAACCUACGUCAUGCUUAGCGGUAGGCUGCCCUUUCAGGACAAAGACCCACAGCAGACUGAGACCAAAAUCCAGAUUGCCAAGUUUGACCCGACCAAGCUCUACCCCAACGUGUCCCAAAGUGCCUCGAUGUUCCUCAAGAAGAUGCUGAGUAGCUAUGCCUGGGCCCGUCUGAGCACCAAGGACUGUUUCACCCACGCAUGGCUGCAGGACUCGUACCUGAUGAAGCUGAGGAGACAGACGCUCACCUUCACCACUACCAAGCUGAAAGAGUUCCUGGGGGAGCACCAUCGACGUCGCACCGAGGUCGCCACCAAACACAGGGUCCUCCUACGCUCCUACUCCAGCUCAGCUUCUUCAACCACAUCGACCACACCAAACCUACCUAAGUGAAGGCAUAUGACUUAUGUCAGUGUUAACUAGCCACCAGAGGGUGGAGGUAUGGGGGAUGUGUGGUGCACAACAGUGGGCUCCAUGAUAGAGGGAGGACUCUGAGUCCUCAUCCCCCACAGAGUGAGGCCAUGCCUGAGUAAGUUAUGGGAGUGGAGAUUAGAGACAUAAGCAUUGCACCAGCCCACAGACUGCAUGGAGUCUCAUUCUACUGAGGCCUAACAGAAUGAAUCUUGGACAGUUCAUCAACUGAGAUUUGAAUCCAGUUGUUGGGUUGUUGGAUAACACGGUUUCAAAAUAUUGAGUUAUCGUUUGUUUUUGGACCUGGCACGAUUUGUUUCUGUUUCAGGUCUACUGUCUGCUAGUACUACUCCGAGCUUGCUAUUGCAAUGUGUGUAGAACUUUUAAAUAUAUAAAACAGGACAUUUGGUUUGGAAAAUUCAUUCAAUACAAUUAACCUGGAACACACACAUUUGUCAGUUUGAUUUUAGAGCACAGCCUUAUUUCUGCAUCCUGAUAUUUGGUGGUGAUUAUGGGAAUGUACCAUCAUUUAUGCUGCUACCUUUAUGUUGCAUUUAUUUACACAUUUCAAAAACGCAAAACCAAAAAUAAAAACGUUUUUGUUCAUGAAAUUGUAUGUGACCUGUUUACCUUUUUCAUGUUCAUUUAUUUGCACGUGUGCUCUUUUCUUCUUUUGGGUGAUUUUCUAAAUACAAUGAAAACAGUGCAAAAAUAUUGCUCACCUUUGUGAUUAUACUGUUCCUAGACACAGAUAACAAACCUGUGAAUAUAGUAGAGUAUCUUAGUGGAGCAACCAGAUGUCCUGUGGUUGAUGCUCAAGUUGAACAAUAGUGCAACUUCAUUGAUGAAAACGGUCAGACUUUGAUUAUGUAGAUUCUGUAGUCUUCUAUUGGAUUUAAAAUGGGUCAAUUUACAAACUUUAUCAUGUAAAUGUGUUGUCCAUGUUAAUGGCUUACUUGCAGAUGACGCGCAGUAUGUGUUCUGUUAAUUUAUUGAACUAUUCAUAUCAUACAAUUUUGGGGCACUUUUGUCUACCAUUAGGCCUACUGUACUGGACAUAGGUGCCAUGAAGAAAAAAGAUACAGAAAGUCCUUUUUGGUAUACAGAGACUCUUAUGUAUUACUUUUCAUCAUACAUACAGUAUUUCUUUUUUUGUAAGAAUUUGGAUAGUUGAAGAUUUGUAAAUGUUUUAAUUUGCAGUGUUUAUAAUGUGGAAAUGUUGAAAAUGUUUUUAUGAAAUAGUCUGUAAUAAACUAUUGAUACAAUUGCAAAACACA